AAAAAUCAGAACUUAAAUAUGAGUACUCUCUCAGUAUUCGUAAUAGACCUUGACACAGCCAACUGGCAAUUCAUUGCAAAUCAGAAUAGCCAGGAAAAAUAUGAAGAACUUUCUGAUCCCUAUAGAUACAGCCAACAAGUGUACGACCACGAAAGAGUAGAACUCAGAAAGUGAUUAGAAAGUAUUAAAAAGUUGCUCCAUGACUCAGUAGAAACAGUAUUAUUCUACUCCAAGUUUUAAUACCAAAUCCUCUCAACAGAUUUCAAUAGAGAUAAGGCAUUUCUUUUCAGAAGAAGCAAAAAUCUCAGAGAAUCCAUCACUUAAAAGUGAGAGUAUAUCUACAAUCACACAAGAGAGAGUAAUGCCUAUUCAACAGAGAAUUAGAUCUAUUUUCGGAGUCCAGUCCCUUUUUCUAGAAUUAGGACAAUUUAUUGAAAAAUCUUACAAUGCUGUAAUUUAUUCAGACAAUAACAACUUCUUUGACAGAAGUUGAGCUCGAAACAUCCUUGAUAAAUCAAGAAAUUCAGGCAGAACUUUAAUUUCUCAAAGAAAGAUUUGAUUUUUAAUUGAAGACCUUCAAAAGCGUCGGUUGGAAUCGGCUAAAUAUAGCAACCAAUAUCAGAGCUACUUAAAAAAUUCUGAAGUAGACCUUAAAAAUGCUGAUGAAGAGAAACUCUGUUCUUCUAUGACUAAACCUGGCGAAGAACAUAAGACUUCAAGCCAAAGCUUGUCCAAAUUUUUUCCAAGUGAUCACUCUUCUGAAGCUACAACUUCAACCAAAGCAAGUACUAAUAUAAGUUUUGGAGAAAAUAUUAUUGAUAGGGACGAUCUAUCUUCAAUGUCUGGGGGUUCAAUAGUAUCUAUGUCAUCUAAUUCAUCACAAAGAACCUUCGAGAUGAAAUAAAAUAGAUCAAGCAUUUAAAACUGAUCGGGUCUAUAAGAGUUCUCUAAUUGAUCUCUUGGAGAAACUCCCUAAGUACUUUAAUAAAGCACCUGAGAACGAAUCGGUGAAGUACAUCAACUCUCUUGACAACUUAAUAAAUCAGCAUCUGAACAAGGUUGAGAAGAAUAUGAAAAGCAAGAUGACUAAUAAGGAUAAGGAAGAUUAUUUCCUCUUUGUCAGAGACUAUCUUAUUAGAAAGCAAAUUACAACAGGGACUAUACUAGAAAUGUGGGCUACUACCAAAUUCGGAGAUUCCAAAGACAAAAUGAUACAGAGCAAUGUUAUAAAAUUUGAUUUUGACCAGCUUGAUCUUGUUUUAAGUAAGCUUAAAGCCUCCAAAGAAAAAUUCUCUCUCAAAGGUUAUGAUUUAAAGUGCGAUAUUAAAGUAUAUGCUCGAGUUUGUUAUGUGGUCAUCAAAAAAAUACUGAAAAAUGAUUUGAAUAAAUCUGAGAAACCAGUAACUUCAAAUAGGAGGCUCUGUGACAACAUCCAUCACACAGUUAAAAGUUAUUAUAAUAGCAAGAAAAUUUCUCAAGACCAGAAAGAUCUUAUCAAAAACGAUAAGAAAAUCAAGUACAUUAUAUCUGAAAUUUUGAGAAGCAGGGGAAUCUGGAAAGAAGAAGACAAGAAGUUUCAUAUCAAUACAACUAUGAUCGAGAAUCAACUCAACGAAUUUUCUAAGUAUGACUCAGCAGAGAUCAUUAGAGACUUAAUAAGAGAUAUCAACAAGGUAAUCUCCAAGUAAGAAGGAUCAAUACUCGAACCCACUUCUCCCUCCCCCUCAUAAGCUAUUAUUUCCAAACGC